AUGUCUCUAGCAUGCGCAUACCAAUUGCAUCCUGGGAUACCCAUCUCCAUUGGCGCCAAUGAAGCCGUACACCAACAGCGGCUCUUGGAUGAGGAAGCGGAGGCCGAUGAACGCCAAGAGGAGUUUUAUUUAGACGUAUUUUGCGACGCGAAGAGCAAGAAGAAAGACGAGGUCAAUGGCGCGAUUGUGGUUUUGAAAGAUGGAAAGAUCUGCCUCUGGCCCAAAGACCCAGAAACCGGCCUUCCCGCACGCGGUCCAAAUGACGAACCACCACCCUACCCCUUCACAGGCUUCUAUCUACCUUUCCCUUCUUCUGAGCUCCCACAUCGCCCUAUGCCUGCCGCGCCCAUCCUAGGCCUCGUCAGCACCGUCCCACCCUCUCCCCCCCCUUCCCCCGCCUCAUCCGCGCCUUCAACACCCUCCCCGACACCACCCUCCAAAACGUCCUCCAAACGCACAAAGCCAAAGCUCAACUGGCUCUACGCGGACAACUAUUCGCGCGAACUGCGGUAUGGGCCGCGCGCUGAAGCAAAGAAACAUACAGUUGGGCCGUGGGAUUGGACAGAAGAUGAACAGGGUUUGACGUUGGAUGGGGAGGAGUGUCUUGUGGCUGUAGAAGAGAAGAGGGGCGGGUAUGGCUGGGCUGUGUACUGGGAUCGAGAGGAUGACUGUUUGAAAGAGCAAGGAAUAGGGAAGGACAAGAGGGUGUUGAGGUGUAGUUUGGAGAGGAGGCUAGUGGAGGAACGGACUAUAAAGGGGCUGAAUGAGGACUGA